AUGACCUUUCAUUGCGGUGUUAUCAUCUUCGAAAUACGACGUGCUCUCGUAGAACCCCACGAAGGCUUUCUCGCAUACUUUGAUAGCCUUUUCGAAGACUGUAAGGAGGCAAGAUGGAUCAACGAUUCAUCCAACGCGGUAGACUGUCUAUUGCAAUACUUCAACACAUCAGACUAUGCCCUAUCCAACAUACGUUGGCCAGAACAGAGUCAUGAGGGGGAGAGUGCUGGGGCAGAAAGUACCGAGCAAGAGGAUGAUGAGGAACAGCAUGCUCAAGAAGAUCACGAGGAAGAAAGCGAGGCUGAAGAAGGCGAUCCCGAGGAGUACGACGUGCAAGAAUGGGGUACUGACGAAGAGAUUGAUCAUGUCGAACGACAAGAAGAAAACAAGGGCACGGAACACUCCAAUGGAGAGCUCUCGACCCUAUCUAUUGAAGAUGCUCUGAAGCUCCACGUCGAGAUCUUCAAUCUUGGAAGCGACUACGACUGCGUCGAUCUUCGCGACAAAGCGGCUAGCAAGUUCAAGGAGCUGCUAGCCAAGGCAGAUUGGAGUAUCGAUCAAAUCUUGCCGGCAGCGCGAGAGAUUUGGGCCAGCAACUUUGUGGACACAUCAGAACUCCGAAGUAUUGUCUGCCAGUGGUUGACCCCUUUGGCGGGUGACCUGGUCACUAAUGAUAUGUUCACAUCGGAGGUAUACCAAGGCACUCGGACGGACCUUCUUAUGGAUCUCGUGCUUGAAAUGUACUAUCAGAUGGCAAGUAGGAAGUCGACGAGUGGGUUCGAAUCAGAUGGGGUUGAGCAGGAGAACUUCAUUCCUGAGAGACAUUUUGAUCAACUUGUCGAGAAAUUGAACCUUGCAGAGGGUUUCGGAACCUCUCGAGGGCGAAUCAAGGCCGCAAGCAAAUCCUCUUUCCAUGCUAGCUAG